GAGGAGACGUAGAUAGGCCAAGGCGGAGCCGGCGCACGGCCGCUCCUUCGCCGGAGAGGUCGACGGCUCCUGCAGGACGACGCUCUUCGUCGACCGGCGCACGGCUGCUCCUUCGCCGGAGAGGUCGACGGCUCCGGUGAAGGCACAGGGAGGCGGAUCCUGCAGGACGACGCAGGGCCGCUCUUCGUCGACCGCCGCACGGCCGCUCCUUCGCCGGAGAGGUCGACGGCUCCGGUGAAGACAGAGAGGCGGAUCCUGCAGGACGACGCAGGGCCGCUCUUCGUCGACCGCCGAACAACCUCGACCACCUCUCAUCGUCCGCAAACUCCUAACCCCUCGUAGCAUCGCCAGAAGAUGUUUGAUCGGUGGUAUCUUCUCCCUUCUCUAACUCGGAUGCCUCUCGCGGGUUGCGACCUAGGGUUUUGGUUUUGCUGGUGGCCUCUGGGGCUUUGGGGCAGAAGGUGGCCGCCCCGCCGGUUGCUCGCAGGAACCGAAGCUGUCUUUGGGGAGCAACAUUGUCAUCUUAAUGUGGACAAAAUUGAAAGAUUGGAAGAAAAAAAUGGUCCUGGAACCAACAUUGCAGUUGAGGGGAAGUCUGAAAAGUCAAUCAUCCCAGUAUUGUCAAAGCGCCUGAAUGUAUUUACCAAGAAGAAGACAGCGAUAGAGAGACUGGAGCAGCUAGAGAAAGAAGGCAAGAUCCUCAACAUUGAAGAGCGGGCUAAGGUCGAGACCAAGGGCAAUGUUGCUGCGGUAAUCAAGGAACUUGAACUGAAUAUAAAUCUCGUCCUCAAAGCUAUUGCACAAAAUUCUGAAGACCCAUCUUCCUCGGCAGCAGCUGAAGAAAGCGGACUCAUGCAUAAAAUUAAUGAUACUACAGCUUCUGAAAAUGAAGUUGUGCAUACCACAGAGGGCUGUACUGCCGAUGGAAGUGAGCUCGUGCAUAACUUAAAUCCUGCUAAGAAUAUUGAGGCAGGCACAUCAAGUGCAUCAUAUCUUCCCAUAGCUGAAGGAGAAAGCCGUGAAAAUAUUGAAGACUUCUGCUAUACAUUCCUAAAAGAGUUUACUGUGCAAGGAGAUACCAAGGCUUUCUAUGAUGGAGAAGCAAUGUCCCUGGUUGGCCGUGGGUGCCUCUGUAUCCAGUAUUCACAUCUGUGCAAGCAGGAUAAGCGAUUAGCCAUGAAGAUCUGCAAUGAUUAUGAGUGGCUGAAACCAACUAUUAUACGGGCUGCCAAACGUUUCGCCACUGAAGUUUUGGAGGCUACAAUCAAAGCUUUACCACCUAAAGAGGCCCAUGCCCUGAAGGUCAAACUCGAGGAUCUAAACCUGAUUUUAGUUGGAAAACCUAUGAGGCAUGAGGUGCUGACUGAAUUUUUACAGCCGCCUAAAGAGCUUAGUUUACCAGUGGAGGUGCACAGCCAUAAUAACAAUCCAAUGUACACUCCAGCCUCUAUCGGGUCGAGUUUAUUAACUGAUAUACUUGAAGACGUCGUCAGCAAACACCUUGAAGGAUUGAGUUACAAUGGUAAUUUUGGAACAGAUAAUGUGGAGGUGUAUGAUGGCUCAAGAUAUGUGAUAUCAACACCUCUAUGCAAGUAUGCCCUGGGAUCACAAGAACUUGCUGAAGCAGCAGCGAAGGACUUCAACAGCUGUGCAGAGUCCAUCAUACCCCUUUUCCAAAUUGAUAAUAAGUUUCCCCCUUACAUGAGUGAACUGCAGGCAACGUUAAGUAGUGUUCCUUGUCAUGUCCUACAAGAUAAAGCUGAAUUGAAGGCGUUCCAUAAAUUCAUUCUUGAUCACCUGGCAAGCAAGCCGCCACCUGUUAGAGCAGCUUUCAUUUGUGCCCUCCACAACGCUUGCAAGUCGUAUGCUCGAAAGGAUCAUCCAGAUGCACCAUUUAAAGCUUCAAUUUCUGAGUGCCUGGUGGAAAAGGCUGCUUUAGGAUUCUGGACAAUGGUAAUUAAAAGGUCAGGUAACGCGUUUCUGAAUAGGCUGCUCCGAUCAUCCACUCCGAACGACUAUGCGACUAUGACAAACUAUUUGCGUAUCCUGCAUGAGCAUGGGAGUGAUUAUACCAAGGGGAAGAAAAAGAAAAAUAAAAAUAAAAAGAAGACCGUAGACCAAAGUCAGCAAGCGAAUAACAAUCCGCAGCAAACGGCUCAGAAUGAGCAACUGAAUAGCAGCUGGCACAGAAAUCAGAACCUACAAACAUUCCAAAGUCAACAAACGGGUCAGAAUCUGCAAGUGGGUAGCAAUCAGAAGCAAACGAGUCAGCAUCAGCAAAUGAAUAGGAUUUGGCAUGGAAAUCAGAACAAACAAUGGCACCUAAGUCAACAAACGGGUCUGAACCAGCAACUGAUCAACAAUCAGCAGAAAACGGGUCAGAAUCAGCAUGUGAGUAAUACUAAUUGGCAUGGAAAUCAGGACCGACAAAGGUACCGAAGUCAAAAACCAGGUCAGAACCAGCGAGUGCACAACAAUCUGCAGCAAACGGGUCAGAAUCAGAACGCCAGUUCAUCUUCAAAACUUGGUGAGCAAACGGGUCUGAAUCAGCAAGUGAUCAACAAUCAGCAGAAAACGGGUCAGAAUCAGCAUGUGAGUAAUACUAAUUGGCAUGGAAAUCAGGACCAACAAAGGCACCGAAGUCAGCAACCAGGUCAGAACCAGCGAGUGUACAACAAUCUGCAGCAAACGGGUCAGAAUCAGAACGCCAUUUCAUCUUCAAAACUUGGUGAUGAGCACCAAGUGCAGCAUCUCAAGGUAUUAGAUGAGCUCGAAAUGUUGGGAGCGCAUUAUCUUGCCCCAUUUGUCGCAGAAAUGAUCUAUUCGUUGCUGAAAGACGACGCAAUGAAAGGAAUGUUGGAGCCUAUAUGGCGCGCCUACAGAAGUGGCAAAAUUCUAAGUGAAGGAGAAUCGAUGGUUGAUGUUCACCGGCCCAGCUCGUGCGCUCCUGUUAAUUGAUCCGAUUGCUUUGAAGUUCAGCUAAAGGUAGAGCCUGGAAAGGAUGAACUGUUGGCUAAAAGUUGUGGCAUAUGUGAUAUUGGUUUCUGCAAGGUGCACGUUACUGUUGCUUGGUCCCUUCUUUCUACCCUGGCAGACAUGCUGCUUCACGUUAACACGGUGCGGCCGGAUGGUGUCGUGGAUUCUUUUUGACCGACCUUUCUGGCCUUUUUUAGUGUUGUUCCUAACUCGCAAGCUGUUGAAAAAUUGGUGUUUUGUAGCGGCUCAGAUGUGAGCUUGUUUUCUAAUCUGCCCAGCUGUUGAACUCAUACCUGUCAAUGGGUAUAACUGUAAAAGUAAAACCUGCAAAUUUUUGUACUGGCAGCACCUUAUCUGCUGAUGAAACUUGCUGACAAUGUUCUGUCGCCGUCUCAAAUGCAGUAUCUGUUAAUUGUGCU